AUGUUUCUGAAGAGUAGCCGAGAUGAUUCUUGUGAAAACAGUCGUCUUCUCCUCUCUGGCCCUCAUUAACUGGCCCAGAUGAUUGUAUGACGAGCUCACUGUGGAAAGCUCGGACACAUCCUGCACACGUCUUCUGUACAAGGAGUCACUCUUGAACCUUGUUAAGAUUAAGGACUUUCUCAGAAAUAAGCUUUUGCUGCCAGGGAAUAAAUGAUCACCUCAGCAAGACGACUCACCACAGACAAACCUGAAGUUCAAAUCUCCUUCAGCCUUGAUGAGUCCUCAGAGCUGACUGAUGCAGAGGAUCAAUUCCCAACUUUCCCUGACCUGGAGCAAUGCCUGCAGCCAGUGUUGCCACGUCAGUCUCUAAAGGAAUCUGUCCAAGUCUACAGAGACCAUUGCAGAAUGGCGAAAGAGUUUCACCAGGUUAAAACAGAAAUUGCUCUGCUGGAAGACAGAAAAAGGGAGCUGAUAGCUGAACUGGCUGAAGACGAGAGGGUGACAUUGGAGAUUGCUCGACUGGAGGAAGAGUUCCGCCUUUUGACAGAGGAGAACCGUACCCUCGUUACCAUGUACACGGAGCGUACUCAGCAGCUUGCAACUCUCCGCAUAGUCAAUCAGAAGAGGCAGGGUUCCUCAUGACCCUUGGCAUUUUGUACAGUGAUCACAAUGAAUACGUUUCAAGAUCCCCCCCCCCCCCCCCCCCAUGAGCCAUCUUAACAUUGGGGUAUGAUAUGAUCCAAUGUACAAUUACCAUGCCGUCAGUGUUUUAACCUCAACAACAGCUCAAAAUGGUGAGUAAUUGCCAUUAUAUCAUGUGAGAUCGAGUUCAGUACAAUGAAAGGGCGAGGAUUUCAUAUUAAGAUGAGUAAAUCUUUGAGACAACCGUAUUGCCAUGUCAAGAGGGAAAAUGGCUCUCUAGCACUUAUUGAUUGUAAUAUAGAUCUUAAAAUUCUAGGCAACUGUUUAGGUGACUAAAGGGUUUUAUUCUGAAGCUGGAUUUACAUUAGAAAAUAUCCAUUCAUGAAUAAUGGGUAUAAUUAGGUGUGACCUGCAAUGUGUAAUAAAAUGAAAGUGUGCUGAGUUAAUACCAAUCUGAGCAAAAAGCACUUAUAAAAUGAAUGAGUGGUUAUGGGUUCUGCAUCGGAGACCAGAGGAUUAUCCAUUCUGACUCCUACAAGUAUAUGGGCUCAGGUUUGGGGCUUGUAUGUUGUGUAUAUAUGCAGUUUUACUUUACUAUACUCGUAUGUAGUCUAUGAAUGCCAAUAAGCAUUUAAGCAAAAAUGGUUGUCAUAAAUGAAUUCAGUAAAUACAUGAAAAUUGUAUAAUUAAUUAAUGAAAAUUUAGAUCAAUAUUUGUCAAACACUGGUGCUGAACAUGAUGAUUGAUGAUCUGUGAAUGUUCCUGAGUAUCUCAGUGAAAGUGUUUUAUGCUUAUCCAAAAUUCACACUUCCUAUGAUGUCUUCCACCCCAAAGUGAUAAGUUAUGUAAGCGAUAAAAAGGCAACAUUUCUAUAUUAUGCUAUUUUUAUAACUAUGACAUCCCUGGUGGAGAACGU